UUUUAUCAACAUAAGAACAAUCAAAAUCGAAUGAAAGAGAAAGGUUCUUUGCGCAAAACAGUAAAUAGUAUCCAGAUAGAGGUUGAUAAUUUCAGUUUAAAUAUAUUCAUACAUAGUUAAAUUAUUAGUGACACUUCGACGUACAUAGUUGUUGGCUGUUUAGACCUAAGCUAUAACACAAAAUGCAGCACGAUAACAUUCUAGCUACGUUUAAAAUUCUAAUUAUAGGAGAGAGUGGAGUUGGGAAAUCCAGCCUUAUGUUCAGAUUCACAGAGGAUGAUUUUGACAAAGACCAGGCGUUAACCAUUGGAGUAGACUUCAAAACCAAAAUAGUCGAUGUAGACAACGUUAAGGUAAAGCUUGCCAUUUGGGACACUGCGGGGCAAGAGCGCUUCCGAACACUAACACCUAGCUACUACAGAGACGCUCAAGGUGCAAUCCUAGUAUAUGACGUCACAAAGAAGGAAACUUUUCAAAAGCUGGAAUCGUGGCUGAAUGAACUCGAAAUCUACGGCACUCGCAACAAUAUGGCAAAAAUGAUAGUUGGGAAUAAAAUCGACUUUGUUGAUCGGGAAAUCAGUCGAGAUGAGGGGUUUAGAUUUGCGAAAAAACACCGAACAAUGUUUAUUGAAACGUCCGCCAAAACCAACGAAGGGGUUAGGGACGCAUUCGAGGAAGUGGUCAGAAAGAUAAUGGAAACUGAUGGCCUUUGGGAGCGCAAUGAGUACGGCGAUGGUCUGGACCUGAAUAGCAGGGGACAGUCAGCAGGAUCCUGUUCCUGCUAAUUUUGAAUCAUCCUGGAAUCCCUUUUUGGAUUUAGUUACUAAGCCAUAUUUACGCAACUAUUUUCUUGUUUAACUUCUACUACUGGUUUGUGUUUAUAGCAAUAAACAAACUAUUAUACUAACAGGAUUAGGUCAAAACAAAACUAACAAAAAGUGAUGAUAUUUUAUACUAAAUUUAAACAUGUGUCUAAAAAUCUUGUAAAUCAUAUUAUUUUAACGAAGUACGCAGAGAUCCGCAUCCUUAGAUUCAAUAGAAUGUGAUACAGGUAAGUAAUUACAAAAUAAACAUUUGGUUAAUCUUGA